CUCCGCAAAAAGAACAACUCAGCAUUGGGGGGUUGCAUUUUGUUUUUCUGUUUCUGGCUUGAGCCUGUCAGAUGUUUAUUAAUUGUUACGUCCGCGGCCAGCGGUGACCAUGAUACUACGAGCUACCGGUCGCAAUGUUUCGCAUACUCGAAUCGCAGGCCCCGGCCAAACAAACGGCCACGGAUACGAUCAACACUCUGAGCAGUAGACUGCAGAGUGCUACACUGUUGGAAGACCGUCGGGCAGCUAUUCAGGGACUGAGGAGCUUCGCGAAGCUCUAUCCUGCCUCCGUCGCCUCUGGUGCGCUGCGACCGUUGAUUAGCGGUCUCAGAAAUGACCGGGAAGAUGUGGACACGAUUAAAGUGGUCUUGGAGACCUUGUUGAUGCUGUUUUCGCCGGAUGAGAAUAGUCCCGAGGCCUCUGAUGAGAUCGCUCUUUGGCUGUCCGACGAGUUCACGCAGCGACAAGACAACAUCACCGCCCUCCUCGACCUCCUCGAUACCCGAGAAUUCUACUCUCGCCUAUAUUCCUUGCAAUUGAUGUUCCAGAUCUCGAGCGCACGACCGGAGAGAACGCAGGAAUGUAUAUUGACGGCGCCGCUGGGGAUUCCGAGGCUAGUCAGUGCUUUGAGUGAUGCUCGAGAACCAGUCCGGAAUGAAGCUUUGUUGCUCUUAAUCGCGCUUACCCCGGCAUCUGAGGAAUUCCAGAAGCUUGUCGCAUUUGAGAAUGCAUUCGAUCUCGUAUUCUCCCUCAUCGAAAUCGAGGGUGCCUUGACGCAUGGAUCGGAGGUCGUCGAAGACUGUCUCUCUUUGCUCGCCAAUCUCCUGAGACUCAAUAUUUCCAACCAGUCAUACUUCAGGGAAACGGGCUGCGUCAAGAGAGUAGCGAAGCUUCUUUCCGACGUGAACCAAGAACAAGACUCUGGUGAACCUGCUCCCCAGUGGGCUCUCGCCCAUCGCGAUAAGAAUAUCUGGGGCUUGCUGGUUAUAAUUCAACUGUUCCUAGUUCGCGGUGGGAUAAACACACCGGCUAAUCAAAUGGCAUUCUGGAAUAACGGUGUGAUGGAGCAAGUGCUAAGUGCAGCGUUCAGCCAAAGGUUCAGCGUGAAUGUCACGUCUAAGGCGUUGGCUACCAUUGCGGAUCUGAUCAGAGGAAACCAGCCCUUGCAAGAAAAAUUCGGCGACGUUGAAGUCUUCUGGGGUGUCAAGCCGGCCGAGGGCGCUGUGAACGGCGAUGCAACGGGGAAAGAAUUCCAACGCAUCAAUGUGAUGGAGGCCCUGCUCAAGCUCACUCUCGAACCCGCCACUAUUCAACUUCUAGACGCACGUCUUGCUGCCUGUGAAUGCAUCAAAGCCUUUUUCGCUCAUCACUCUGGAAUCCGCGUUCAUGUUUUGCGAAGAGCCAUCGAUGGGCAUAUCAGCGGGCAGGAUGAAAUUCCCAACAUCUUGUCUGUCUUGCUUACCCCACCAGAACUCCGGGGAAAUGCCGAUCCAUAUCAGACAUGGAUGGCCUCUGUUUUGAUGUUCCAUCUGCUGUUCGAAAAUGCCGAAGCCAAAGCGAUUGCUAUGGAGGUAACGGAGGGUGACGCCGAAAGUGGCGAAGAAGUCAUCACUUGCAUUCAGACCAUAGUUGGUAACCUGGUCACUGGCAUUCAACGGGGAGACGACGAAAGAAUCACUCUUGGGUAUCUCAUGUUGCUCUGUGGGUGGCUCUUUGAAGAGCCAGAUGCUGUGAAUGACUUCCUUGGAGAAGGGAGCAGUAUCCAAACUUUGCUGCAAGAGAUCAAACAUCGCGGUGCGCCCUACGUACUUCUGACCGGCCUUUGCACCGUUCUGCUUGGAAUAAUUUAUGAGUUCUCAUCAAAAGACUCCCCUAUUCCUCGCCAAACACUGCAUAAGCUGUUAAUCGAGCAAUUAGGGCGAGACCAGUUUAUCGAUAAGAUCACACGGUUUAGAGAGUCUCCGUCGGUUCGCGACUUUGAAGUCCUGCCACAGACAGUGGCCGGCCAAUUUGAAGGGGGCCUUCCCGAGAUCUAUUUUGAUCGUACAUUUAUUGACUUUUGCAAAGACAACUUUGGUCGUCUGACUCGUUCAAUUGAUCGUGAGCCUGGCCUUGAGGUUUCAGUCAUCACCAACGGUGUUGAAAGAGGAGUUUCGCGUGAACUGGUCGAUUCUCUCAAGGCGGAACUUGAGGACCGGACCCAAUCGAUACAAAAGCUGGAAUCUGACCUUAUUGCGUUGCAAAAUAAGCUGGAGCAUGAGCAGCUUGAUCAUAGGAAAUCCAAAGAGACGAGCAUGAUGGAGGCUUCCAAGAUCAAGCAAAUUAACGAGUCCUUGCAGAGAAACCACGAACAGGAGCUAUCAGCAUUGAAGCUAGAGCAACAGCGGGAGAUGAAUGAGCUCAUGAGACAACAUGGCGAUCAGGUCCGAGCAAUCGACAAUCAACUCAAGGUUGCCUCGAAUGACCAUGAAAGGAAAAGCCAGAAGUUGAGAGAACACCACGAGGCUGAAGUUGCCGAAUUGCAGAAACGGAUCCGGUCACUAGAAUCGGAAUUCUCACGCGCUGGGGACCAGUAUUCGGGCGAGGUGGCUGACCUCAAGACGACCAUUGAAAAGUUGAUGUCAGAUGCCACCAAACUGAAGGAACAGCAUGCUGCUGAAGUAUCGGAUUUGAAUGAAACUAUUCAACUGCUCGAAUCCAACAUUGACGAGAGCAACAAGCAACACGCGGCUGAAGUCUCGAACCUGAAUAAGAAGAUACAGAGUCUGCAGACAGAGGUCGAUGCGGCUAAACAGCAGCAUGAAAGCGAACUCGCGGAGCUUAAAUCGACCAACACAUCUCUCCAGACUGAGCUUGACUCAAUAAAACAACAAUACGAAACCCAAGUCACGGAGCUCAAGUCUAAGAAUGAAUCACUACAAUCAGAUCUUGACUCUGGGAAACACCAGCACGAUGCGCAGCUUGCGGAGCUCCAGUCUAAAAACAAGUCUUUACAAUCAGAGCUUGACACUGGGAAGCAACAGCAUGAGAGUGGAGUUGCGGACCUCACGUCUCGGAACGAGUCCUUGCAAAAAGAGCUCGAUGCUGUCAAAAAGCGGAACGAGUCCGAGGUCGCAGACCUCAAAUCUACUAAUGAGUCAUUACAGUCCCAACUUGACGCAGUUCAGAAGGCUUCUACGCAGGACACUCAAGCUGUGCAUGAUGAUUACUCCUCUAAGUUCUCUGCUUUAGAGAAACGGGCGGAAGAGGCAGAAAAGAAAGCCAAGGAUUCUACGCAGGAAACUCAAGAUGUGCAUGACGACUACACCUCUAAGAUCUCUGCUUUAGAAAAACGGGCGGAAGAGGCUGAAAAGAAAGCAAAGAAGACCGAAGACGAUGCACGUAAAUCUGCCGAGACGCUUAAAGAGGCCCAGAAUGCCCUCGAGAAAGCCAAGUCGGAAGCCAAAGAAAAGGAAGAAGCCCGCAAUGCAGCGCAGACUGAACUUGAGGAUCUACUUAUUGUAUUUGGUGACCUGGAGACCAAGAGAAGUGAGGAUAAGAAACGCCUCAAAGAUCUCGGACAGGAAGUCUCAGAUGAAGAAGACGACGAUGAAGAUGAGGACGAGGAUGAAGAUUAGCGCGGACGACUCGAAUAGUUCUUUGAAUAUACAUACAAGCUAUACAAUUUGCAUCUUUGAUUUCGAUUGACUUAGAAAUACUAUUUACUCUCAUGCAGAGAUUCUCGAUUAAAACAAAAUGGUCCGCUGAGACAAGCUCCUUUGUUUGAUUCAUAGAUAGCUCCACUAAUCUCAAGCACUAUUACUCACUCCUUCCUGCAUCGCCAGAUAGGAUCUACU